AUGAGCGUUGUCGCCAGUAGGCCCGAAAGCUGUUCUGUCCCUUACACGCCGGCUCCUCAUCAAGGCCAGGUCAUGCAUAAUUACAAGGAUUCUGGGUAUGCAGUUUCAGUGCAUCCAGUUUCUUCGCGACCCUCCUCCAUCUCAUCUUUCAAGAGCAACUACACCGUCUCAACCUCCCCUACGUCCUACUCGCCAACCUCAUCCGGUUCCUAUCGUUUAUGUGACUCUGCGGCCUCGCUCGAUAAGAUAUUGGAGUCGAUCUUCAAGAAAAUACCGCAGGAGGUCUAUGAGAAUAUUCUCAAUCAACUACAGCAUCUCCAUACUAGUUUGAAUCAGUCAGGGUGUACGACAUGCUUUCAGCGCGAUUUGCAUGCCCUGUCUCUAACCUGUCGCCCUUGGGAGAAGGCCGUGCGAGCUCGACUUUACAAUCAUAUUCACAUCAUCGGAAAUGAUUCCCCGGUUCAAUUGAAAAAAUAUCGAUUGAAACGGGGAAGCAGGUUGAAGCUGCUUCGACGCUCUCUUCGGGAAAGAAAGUUGCUGGCCAACCUUGUCCUGGAGCUUCGUGUCCCGCAGGUCGACCUCUUGUUCACAACAAGUAAACACAGCACUCAAUGGCAGGAAUACCGGGAUUUGAUUGCAUCAGUUGUCAUGGUUUGCCCGAACCUGGAACGGUUACUGGGGUUGACCAUUCCUUACAACCAUGAGUUCGACCGCUUGACGCAUGCGCUAUCCACCCGACGAAAGUUAAAGGAACAUACCUGGAUCUUGUGUGAAGCACCAGGAACACUAGAGGCCUCUCCACGCAGCGAUUCUUGCCCUGGUAGCCUUGGUCCCUUGCAGAUGUUUGAGUUUCUAAACUAUCAUGCCUCCUGGACCAACUUGGAAACCUUGAUGCUUCAUGGACUGAACGAAACCAGCACCCUCGAACCUAGUGUUUUCCUUCGCAUGCUCGAUCUCUUGCCAUCGUUGCGCAACCUGUGCAUCUCGAAUUUCGACGCCGAUGCCUUUGCCGACAGCGCCCUGCUAUGUCUCCCCCCGCUAGAGUCACUUCGGCUGGAAAACCUUCCGGGGCUCACGGAUACUGGGUUAUCUCAGUAUACUUCCCGCCCAGAGUCUCUCGCCCUCAAAUCUCUAGUCCUUAUAGAGCCGAAUAUCGGGUCUUUAUUAGUGAUUUCGAAGAUUCUAGCAUCCCUACAGUGGCUUGAACGUUUCAAGAUUGUACAAACAAACAAAUGCCCACUAUUGAACACGGACGGGAUCAUCUUCCAACCGCUUCUAGCCUCAUCCAGCCUCAAGUACCUACAUUGGGAUGUGGCCAGUCCUAAUCCCAGCACUGCCCUGAGCAGAAUCGACUUCGCUCCUUUUGUCAAACCGCCUAGCCAUUCGGAGACCCCAAAUUCCCAUCUUGCGCAAAGCAUUCUCGCCGGAGGGUUUCCGCGUCUAGAUGCUCUGCGAGCACCGUCCGAUAUCGAGCCUCCAGGCGUGCUCCAGGGUGUUUGCCAACCUAUCCCCCGCGGACAAGCACUCUUACACCCAGACCGAUAUAGCCUUCCUCGAAGUUCACGUGGCUCCAUUCCAACUCGACCAAUGGCGCUACCGGGGGGCAAUAACUUGACAUCCGCCCGAAUACGGGCUCAAACAUUUAUUGAUAUGGCCGCGAAGGACACCGAAACCGGCAUGAAAGUACUUAUUACCGACCACUCGGAUUCUUACUUACCUGAUAAUGCACUUGAAGCAUCCUCUGAUGACGACGACGACGACGACGACGACGACGAUGAUGAAUCAGAUAUGGAAAUGGAUGAAUGUGGGCUGUGGGAAACACCUCGAGAGCGGCCAAAGGAGAGGACAGUGUCCGUGGAUCAUGGAGGUCCUGUCACGGUGUCUGAUUAUAGAAUGCCUGCUUACAUGGGCAGAGUGGGCACCAAGACAUGCGAAAAAGACUUGUCCAUUCCCCGAUUCAUACUCAGUCCUGAUUUAGUUGGACAAGACGCUGACGGAGGCCUUGUUACCUGGAAGCACAUCAUGGCCGCAAAUCAAUCGUUGACAUUUGCUGCAGGAGUUGGGGUCAACUGCUUCGGGAGCAAGGGAACCACGGUCCCUUCGCCUUAUAAUGAAGAACCUCUUUCCCCAGCAUCAACAUCGACCCCUAGGUUCGGCUGGGGGAGUAUCAGUGCUCGUUCGACGAUAGCCACAAGCCCCACCACGCCUAGUACUCCACCUACCCCAAUGAGCUUAUCACCAACGACCGCUCUCCCGUGGGAGAAAGACAUCUGCACCGGGUCUUGGAAUUACAGCCAUAAAGGUGGUCGGGAGUGGUGGUUCCACAUGGAACGAGAUCGUCGUGUGGACGUUGACACUUAUAGUGUCAAGAGACUUUUCUAA